AUGCUUGCGGCCUCGGUCGACGACGAACAGGUCGAGACAGAGCUCGCCGAGGUCAAGUCGCAGGCAAAGAUGAUAUUCCGCAGGCUGAAUCGCAACUCGGAGCAACAGGCAAGCAUUGAAUCGGGCCAAUACACGUUGCACUACAUCAUAAAGGACUCUGUCUGCUUCCUCUGCAUCUGCGACCGAUCCUACCCCCGGAAACUCGCCUUCACCUACCUCUCCGAUCUGGCGCAAGAGUUCACCACCAUCUAUCCCUCACAGCAAUACCUCUCCGCCACAUUACGGCCCUACGCGUUCGUCGAGUUUGACACGUUCAUUCAACGGACCAAAAAGACAUACCAGGACAGUCGGGCCAGCGCGAACCUGGACAAGCUGAACGACGAGCUGAAGGACGUGACGAAAGUCAUGACCAAGAACAUCGAGGAUCUGCUGUACCGGGGCGACAGUCUGGAAAGAAUGGGCGAGAUGUCCGGCCGAUUGAGAGAAGACAGCAGGAAAUACAGGAAAGCCGCCGUAAGAAUAAAUUGGGAGUUGAUGCUGAAACAGUAUGGACCCUUCGCUGGCCUCGGCCUGAUAAUCCUCAUUUUCAUUAUCUGGAGAUUCUGGUAA